AUGGAUUACCGUAAGGAAAUAGGUGGACUGAGAUGGCGGAAAACGUCUCUUAAACCCAUCAAUAUUGGGGAAGCAAACGCACGCAAAGGAGGGGAAGAAGAGGAGCUGUUGAGUCCAGCAGCUCGGUUGUUCCACGAGCCCAACUUCAAUGUCUACAUCAUCGCCAUUCUAGGUUGCAAGACCAGGAUCGACCCCGAUCUCGUCAGAGCCAAAUUGCCCCACACUUUGCUCAAGCACCCUCGCUUCUCCAGUCUACAGGUUCCGGUGGAGGGCGGGAAGGAGGAGAAACAAAUGAAGUGGGUCCCGACGGCGGUCAACCUCGACAACCACGUGAUAGUCCCCCCGGAGAUCGACCAGUCAACCUUCGCCGGCGACGCAGACGCGGGGAAAAAGUUCGUGGAAGACUACAUCUCCGACCUCACAAAGACCAAGAUCGACGCCUCCAAGCAGCCGCUGUGGGACCUACACCUCCUCAACGUGAGGACGUCGGAGCCGGACGCGGAGGCCGUGGGGGUGUUCCGGAUCCACCACUCGCUCGGCGACGGCGUGUCGCUCACUUCCCUGCUCCUCGCCUGCACGCGCCAGAUCGCCGACCCGGACGCGCUCCCCACCAUCCCGACCCCACGGAAGAAGAAGGAGGAAGGUCGAGGGAGAAAUGGCGGCGUCCUGGGACGGGGGUUUUGGCGGGCGGUGGUGGCGGUGUGGACGGCGGCGGUGCUGUUAUGGAACACGGUGGUGGAUGUCGCCGCGUUCAUUUUGACGGCGAUUUGGGUGGAGGACACGAAGAUGCCGCUCAAGGGCCCGCACGGGGUGGAGUUCCUGCCGAGGAGGUUCGUGUGGAAGAGCAUGAGCUUGGAUGAUUUCAAGCUCGUCAAAAAUGCCAUGAACGCGACCAUAAAUGACGUUGCUCUUGGAGCUACACAAGCUGGGCUGUCACGCUACCUCAACAGAAAACUUGGAGGGAGUGAAAACGAUGGAGAAAAGAACAACAGUCUCCCGGCAGCUGGAAGCAUUCGCAUCCGAUCAACUUUGCUGGUGAACGUGAGACCGGGGCCAGGGAUUCAGGCAAUGGCGGACAUGAUGGAGAAGGACACAGAGGUUAAAUGGGGGAACUGGAUCGGCUUCAUACUGCUUCCCUUCACCAUUGGCAUUCGAGAUGACCCAUUGGACUACGUCCGCCAGGCCAAAGCGGUCGUCGACAGAAAGAAGCGCUCCCUCGAAGCUCUCUUCACUUUCUCCAUUGCCGAAUUCGUGCUCAAGCUCUUCGGGACCAAAACAUCCAAUGCUCUGUCCCACAGAAUAAUCACCAGGACGACACUGUGCUUCACAAAUCUUGUUGGCCCGCUGGAGGAGAUUGGGUAUUAUGGCCAUCCUUUGGCUUUUCUCGCUCCCACCUCUUUCAACCAGCCACAUGGACUGAUGAUCAACUUCCAGAGCUGUGUGGACAAGAUGACGGUGGUACUGUCAGUGGAUGAGAGCACCAUUCCUGAUCCGCACCAGCUAUGUGAUGAUAUUGUUAAUUCGCUUGAGCUCAUUAAGAAUGGUGUCAUAUCUUCUGGGCUUUCUCAAUCAUGA